CGCAAAACAGCACAAGAGCGCAGAUGAGUCCAAAGCUCGUAUACGUCAAGCCAAAGGACAAAACAAAAGAUCCCGACGGGUACAAAGGGUCCAAGAGGAGCUGCCCAGUUUACCCCUCGCUCAAUAUCCCGAGGAGCCCAUGGUGCUAGACGCCAUGGAAGACGCCGCUGAGACGCAGAAAAUAUAUUCUGCCAGAGAUGUGCUGCAGUGAUACCUUUUGCCCACCUGGGUCUUCUGUGGUGCCAGAACAGAGAGCAGCUGCUCUCAGGCACAAGCGACUCCUGCUGUAGAUCGGGAAGAGAAGAGGCUCAGUUCCUCACAGUGUCCUAACUGGUGCCAGGUCAGGAGGCACUGGCUAUGAGUGGAUGGACAGCGCAGAAGCCAUCGUCUACAUGGUAUUUUGUUUGUCUCCAGGAAAACUUCUUUUGUGGAUUGAAGCAUUCCAAGAUGCACUGUUUCCCAAGUGCUUCCUGAUCAGAAUGUCCAGCAGAAUGGGAUCAUGGUCCGUGACUAAUGCUACUAAAUGCUACAGUAAUAGAAAUUAUAAUAAUGGGUUUCCAGUUUCCAAACCUGAUGUCAUCUCCCAGCAGGAACAAAAGGAAGAGCCGUUUUCCCCAGAUCUCCAGACCUCAGUAGAAAGAGAGCUCCUGAGAGGCAGGAGUACAGAUGAUGGGAUCGUGAAUGAGACUGUGGAGCAGAAUCCCCUGCAGGAAGAUGAUGAGAAAGGGGAAUUACAUGGGGUGUUACUGCAAAGAUGCAAAGGGAAUGUGUCCAGGAGUUGUGAGCAGGAAAAAACCUGUAAGAAUCGGUACAGGCCAGCGAAGCAGCAGGGAAACCAGCCAAUGCAGAAAAUUGGUCGAUCUGUUCAUUAUCAGGGAACUCAGAAAUGCCACAAGAAAACCAUGGCCCAGCAGAUUAUCCUCACGGGUGAGAGAAAUAACACAUGCGCUGAGUGUGGUAAAAAGUUUAAUAGGCUCCCACUCCUGAUUAUCCAUCAGAGAAUCCACACAGGGGAGAAACCCUAUCGAUGCUGUGAGUGUGGGAAAACCUUUGCGCAGAGUUCAGCUCUUAUUCAACAUCAGAGACUCCACACCGGGGAGAAACCCUAUCGGUGCUGUGAGUGCGGGAAAACCUUCACUCAGAGCUCAGCUCUUAUUCAACAUCAGAGACUCCACACUGGGGAGAAACCCUAUCGGUGCUGUGAGUGUGGGAAAACCUUUGCUCAGAGCUCAGCUCUUAUUCAACAUCAGAGAAUCCACACGGGGGAGAAACCCUAUCGUUGUGAGUGCGGGAAAACCUUCAAUCAGAGCUCAAGCCUUAUGAAACAUCAGAGAAUCCACACAGGAGAGAAACCAUAUCGAUGCUGUGAGUGUGGGAAAUCCUUCACUGAGCAGUCAAGCCUUAUUAAACAUCAGAGUAUCCACACAGGAAAGAAACCCUAUCGAUGCUGGGAGUGUGGGAAAUCUUUCUCUCGGAGUUUAUCCUUUAUUCAACAUCAGAGAAUCCACACCGGGGAGAAACCAUAUGAAUGCUAUGAGUGUGGGAAAACCUUCACUCAGAGCUCAAACCUUAUUAGCCAUCAGAGGAUCCACACAAAGGAGAAACUCUAUGAAUGCUUUGAGUGCGGGAAAAUGUUCACUGAUCGUUCACACCGUAUUAGCCAUCAGAGGAUCCACACAGGGAAGAAACUCUAUGAAUGCUUUGAGUGCGGGAAAACAUUUACUGGUACUUCAAACCUUGUUAGCCAUCAGAGGAUCCACACAGGGGAGAAACCCUAUCGAUGCUGUGAGUGUGGGAAAAGCUUCUAUCGGAACUCAGCUCUUUUUCAACAUCAGAGAAUCCACACAGGGGAGAAACCCUAUCGAUGCUGUGAGUGUGGGAAAAGCUUCUCUCGGAGUUCAGCUCUUAUUCAACAUCAGAAUAUCCACACAGGGGAGAAACCCUAUCGAUGCUGUGAGUGUGGGAAAACCUUUGCUCAGAGCUCAGCCCUUGUUACACAUCAGAGGAUCCACACAAGAGAGUGACCCUGUGAAUGUUAUGAAUAUGCCAGGUUCUUAUAUCAGAACUCAGGCUUUAUUUAGCAUUAGAGAUGCUGCAAGGGAGCUAGAGACUAUACAAACCCUGUCUAGAGAUGAGAAAAGAUUGUUUUCCUUUUGCUAAUUCCCACAUAGUAAAAUUUAAGGCCUCAUUUGUGUCCCUGUGAUCUUUCAGUUCCCCCAGCUGAGUUGUCUGCUUUUCUCUUCUGUAGCACAUCCUGUCUUGGGGAAAAUCUCAUAGUCUUCAUGAUCAUCUGCUUUGUUCUAUGUCAUGGAAGUGUGUCCCUCAAACAAGAAUAACAAGGAGUCCGGUGGCACCUGAAAGACUAACAGAUUUAUUUGGCUAUAUGUCAGACACAAAGUGGG